AUGCGUGCCUCGAUCAUUCACCAGCGGAACCUUUUUGGGAUCGUAACUGCACCCAGAAGCUCGAUUAUAAUUCGAUCGUUCCCCCACAACACCCCGCAACACGCUGUUAGUCGUCAAUUCUACCGGUCUUUCUGGCGCGACCCGUCUGCACCUCGUGCGGAGCUAUCAGAGAUAUUCCAGCGGAUACAAUGGCCGACAACACAGGAGCAGGAGGCGCAGGUGGUGGAAGGCGUAAGAACCGCGAUAUGGGGCGAGCGGAAUGGAGCGAUAGACAAGCGUCAGCGUCAUGAGGACAAGGCUGAAUCUAAGCGUCGCAAGAUUGAGAAUGGUGAAGAGGUCAAAUUGCCGAUCUACGCGACCCAAUUCUCCAAGGAGGAGAUCGACAGCGAGGAACGCCGCCCCAAAAAGAAGGUUGCGCUUCUAAUGGGGUACUCGGGGACCGGAUACUCUGGGAUGCAACUGAACGAGCAGCAACGCACUAUUGAAGGUGAUCUAUUCACGGCCCUCGUCAAUGUCGGCGCCGUUUCCAAGGCGAACGCCGCGGAUCCUAAGAAAUCUUCUUUCGUCCGUUGUGCCCGCACAGAUAAGGGUGUUCACGCAGCUGGAAACGUUGUGUCGCUGAAGAUGAUUGUCGAAGAUGAGGAUAUCAUCCAGAAAAUCAACGCCGAGCUCAGCCCCCAAAUCCGUGUCUGGGGCUAUGAAGUUACCAGCAAAAGCUUCAGCUGCUACCAGAUGUGCGAUUCCCGAGUUUACGAAUACCUGAUGCCAAGCCACUGUCUUCUGCCACCCCACCCAAGCACCUAUCUUGGAAAGAAAAUCGUUGAGCUUUCCGAGAAAGCAGGCGACUUGGACGCCGUCACAGCUAGACAGGAAGAGGUCGCAAGCUAUUGGGAAGACGUUGAUGUGAAAUAUAUCAAGCCUAUUUUGGAAAACCUGCCGGAAAAUAUCCGCAGUAUCGUCGAAAAGUCUCUCUACCAGGACGAGUCCCGCGAUGCACUCCAACCUUCAGAAGAGAAGGAGGUUUCUUCGGCACCAGCCGUUGAACCCACUCAGCAGGAGAUCAACGAACAGCCCGCGACUGAACAGCCCGCCGAUGCAGAGCCCAAGCCCUUUGUCAUGGACCCCCGCCAAAAGGCCAUCAACGACGCCAUCAAGGCCAUCAAAGCAGCAUAUUUGACCGCGAAACGCGCCUACCGCGCACCCGCUUCACGCAUCGCCCGCUUGCAAGAAUGUCUCAACCGCUACGAAGGCACCAAGAACUUCCACAACUACACGAUCCAGAAGACGUUCAAGGACCCCUCGGCGAAACGACACAUCAAGUCAUUCAAGGUCAACACCACGCCGAUUAUCAUCAAUGGCACGGAAUGGCUCAGCCUGAAGGUCCACGGACAGAGUUUCAUGAUGCACCAAAUCCGCAAAAUGGUCGCCAUGGCUGCGAUGGUUGUCCGCUCCGGCUGCCACCCAGACCGCAUCACUGAGACAUAUGGCCCUGAGCGCAUUGCUAUUCCCAAAGCGCCUGGUUUGGGCCUCUUGCUCGAGCGCCCUAUUUUCGACGCUUACAAUGCCAAGGCACAGGGUCUUGAUCGUCAGCCGAUCAAUUUCCAGAAGUUUGAGGCGGAGAUGAAUGAGUUCAAGCAGCGGGAGAUCUAUGAUCGGAUUUUCCGAGAGGAGGAAGAAAGUGCUGGCUUUGGUUCUUUCUUCAACCAUAUCGAUCACUUCCCCGCGGGUUACUUCCUCUAUGUUACUUCUGGUGGUAUUCCAGCGGCCAAACUUGCUACUGCGCCUACCGCUGCUGAACCCGGUAGCCCCAAGGCCGGUAAAAGGAAUCGCGGGGCUCCCCCCGCCCCGCAGGCUCAACGGGAUGCACUUGCUGCCGUGGAGGUCGAAUCAGAAGAUGAGGGCGAUGCUCCAGCUGGCGGAGAGGAAGAGGGUUAA